GCACUUGGAAGAAGCGGAAAAAACAGCAUGGGUGAGCCCAGAGGCGGGACUUCAGCCGUGGUGAGAAAGUCUCAUAUCCGAGGCUUAGUCAUUUCGCCUGUCGGCUGAGAAAAUUGAAGCGGCUCCUGCGGUGGCUGGAGAAUGUCCAGCUUUCACAAAAUGAGUCAAAUUAAAGCAUUCCUAUCUUUUCUUUGGAACUUGGCAAUACUUUGUAAUUUCUGCUUAACUGCCUUGCCACAGAAACCUGAAAAUAUUUCUUGCUUUUAUCAUUACAAACAUAUUCUUAAUUGUAGCUGGAUUUCUGGAAGAGAAAUACCCAAUGAUACAAACUGCACUAUUAGCACAAACGGAAAGGACAAACCUGGUAAAAUGAAAGAUGGUUCGUGUAUAGUAGAACAGGUUUUAUUUGUGGAUUAUAUCACACAAGUCAAAGUACCAAUGUUUGGAGAAGAAGGAUUCAAUGUGACCCCCCAAUAUAAGAAAUACAUAGUGAAACCUGGUCCUCCUCAAAUAAUGAAAGUGGAAGGGAUGAAGGAAAUGCUAAGAGUUCACUUGAGAAAAAAACCAGAAGAACCAGAUUAUGAUCCUUUUAUGUGCCAGAUUCAGUACCAAGCCACAGCAAAAAACAUUUCAGCAAACAUCAGUAUCCCGAUCGAACAUUAUGUCAGAAAUCAAAUUGCAAAUCUCACUGGCCUAUGGAAUUUUACAAAUUAUACAGUUGCUGUUCGGUGUAGGCUUCGUGAGCCCCAUGAGUCAAGUCCCUGGAGUGAAUGGAGCAACAAAGUAACAGGCAGAACAGAAGAACAAGCCCCUUUGAAAGUAGACUUAUGGAGAGUAAUUGAAACUAUUCAUCCUAAUGAAAGAAGGGUGCACCUUUUGUGGGAGGUAAAUAAAGGAUUCCCAUCUUCAGGAAUCAUAACUGGCUAUACAGUAAGAUACAUUGCAGAAAACAGCAACAUUACUUUUGAAAAAAAAUACAGUCAGAAAGAGCUUGUCAUUCUCAGCCUGACGGAGGAUGCCUACAAUAUCAGUUUUACUGCUCAUAACAGUGCUGGAGAGUCUCCUGAAGCUACUAUUAGAGUUCCAUCAUCAAAAGAUGAAAAAACAAUGAAACCAAAAAUUGUUCAUCUGAAGGCUUCUGCUUUGAAAGAGAAAAUGAAUUUGACAUGGGAUUUAACAGAUUCAGAAAUAGAUGGUUAUCUUAUCGAGUGGUAUGAGUCGGAGGAAAACACAUACAAGCGAUCUUGGCAUAAAAUAAGAAAUACCACAAAAUGGACUUCCCCCAAAGGAAUCUUAAAAAAAUUUAAAUGCUAUAAUUUUUCAGUAUACCCUUUGUGUAAAGAUGAAAUAAAAAAGCCAACUUCCAUCAGUAUCUACUUCCAUGAAAAUGUCCCAUCUAGUGGUCCUGACCCUGAACUGGAAAAUGUUGGUAAAGAUUAUGCCACCAUAAAAUGGAAAGAAAUUCCAAAAUCAAAAAGGAAUGGUGUGAUUAUUAACUAUACUAUAAUAUAUGAAACAGACAACAAACUACUGGAAGAAACUGUGGAUGGCAGUAUCUUGAAAUACAAACUUAAGUCUUUGCAACCCCUCACCAAUUACAAAGUUUGGAUUAAGGCAAACACCACCAUUGGAGGAACAACUGGAAGUCAACUGUCCUUUUUUACUGUACUACUUAGUACAACAGACAUUAUCCUUGCAGCUAUCUUCAUUGGAAUAUUCAUGACAUGCCUCUUAAGUUUUGGACUAUUAUGGGCUUUAAAAUAUAAAAUGAUAAAACGAAUUUGCUGGCCUCAGAUUCCACAUCCUGUAAUAGCAAGUUGUCCUGCUGUAUCUCAGAAAUUCAUAUUGGGGAACUCAUCUUCUGAGGAUGACAUCAAUAUUUUGAAAAUUGAUACUUGCAAUGAGAAUGAAUUGCCAUUGCUGAAUCCUGAAAACCGCUUCAAACAAGCAAAUAUUACUGCGGAAAUUAAGGUUGCUGGUCAAGGGACUUUUUGCAGUGGAGAAUACAAAGCUCUAGAAUUUUUUCUCUCAGUAUCAUCUUUGAACCAUGACUUCAAGAAUCAAACAUUUCUAACUACAAGAAGGCAUUCUGAAAGUUCUGCAAAAGAAGAAAUGCAAUAUCAGGAAAAUUUACAGGAGAAAACUGAAUUUAAUUCAUAUUUGAAAAACUCUAUUCAAGAGAGUUCCUGGAUUGCGAGAAUGUAGACAAAAUACAAAAUAAAUUGAAACCCAGCAUGCUUCUUUGGACUGUUGUAGUGCUGAGGAUCCUUAUGUAGCACCAGAUACAGUUAAAUUACUCUCAAAGUAUUAAUUACAAUUUUUUUUAAAAAAAUAAAUAAAUUAUGGGGCACCCUGCUUGUAACUGCUGUUUUACUAAACAAUGAGCAUGUAAGUUCUGCACGUUUUUUAAAUUAUUGCAUAAAUUUGUUUCAGACUUGAUUAUUAGGUAGGUAUAAAACAUUCACACCAGGGUGUCAUGUUUCAUGCUUGCUCUGUUUCCUAAUAAAAUAUAGUGAUAGGUUGAAUAGAAAAAAGUGGUCUGAGAAACUUUGGAUAUAGAAGAAAAUGCUGUUAGGAGUUGCACAGUAUCACAUAUCCUUACUUUUUGACCCAAAGAGCUGAAAAUAUACUUUUCCUACUUAAACAAUUUGUUAAGGCAUCAGGCUAGAACCUAGGAGACUGUGAGUAUUAGCCCUUCCUUUGACCAUCAUUCUCUGUCAUCCCAGCCCACUUCAAAUGGUUGUUGUGGAUAAAAUAGGAGGAGUUGUUUAUAAAAGAAUAAAGGCAGAAUAAAGUAUAAUAAAAAAUAAAAUAUAUUUGUUGGAUAUGCUUUUGUUGCAAAUAUGGUCAAAGCUAUGCCUUCUUAAAAUUUUUGAUAUCACAGAUCUCAAAUAUGUUACAUGUGGAGGGGAAAAUGAAGUCAUAUAAUUGUCAAUCGAAACAAUUGAAUGUGUUGUAAAGAUUAGUAUAAAAAGGUUAUGUAGAAAUAAAUAUAAAUAUAUAAAGGCUUUGUAUCAUUUGUAUUUGUACUUAGUGGUUGAAAUGUUUUCAUUCUGUCAAAAAAUGUAAAUCUAGAAAGGUCACUUUAAAGAGUUCAUAUUUUAUAUAAUGUCAGAGUUCAAGAUUUCUUGGGUAAAAGUUGUUUCUAUUGAUGCCAUAAUGCUUUUGCCUGAAUAAAUGGUUCUCAGAA